AUGGCCCUCCAAAAGAACGCUCCGCUGCCGGCGCGCAGUUCCAUCGCCUCGCUGAGCCCCUUCCUGGACAAGCGAGGCCUGCUCCGCGUCGGCGGUAGACUCAAGAAUGCCAUGCUUACCUACGACGCUAAGCACCCUGUGAUCUUGCCGGGACCGUCACGAUUAACGAGGCUUAUCGUGGAGGCGUGCCAUCGGCGGACAUUGCACGGAGGAGUGCAGGCGACCCUCGGGGCCCUUCGUCAGGAGUACUGGGUCCCUCGCGGUCGUACAUUGGUGAAAGGGUGUAUUCGGCGUUGCGUGACGUGCGUGCGAUGGCGGGCGGCCUCUCCACAGCCUCUCAUGGGAAGCCUCCCUGGUCCAAGGGUAACUCCCGCUCGGCCAUUCCUGAACACCGGAGUCGACUACGCCGGACCGGUGUGGCUGAGAACCUCCAAGGGACGGGGCCAGCGGGCCUCUAAAGCAUUUAUCGUUGUAUUUGUAUGUCUGUGUUCUAGAGCGGUACACCUCGACGUGGCUACGGACUACACCGCCGACGCCUUCCUGGCUGCGCUGCGCCGCUUCGUUUCCCGCCGAGGUCUAUGCCAGACGUUGUACAGCGACCGCGGCACAAAUUUUGUCGGUGCCGACGCACAAUUGCGCGAUCUAUUCUCCGCAGGCGGCCAGGGGGGCCGACGCAUCGCCGAGCGCGUUGCUGAGGAGAGGAUAGCGUGGCGCUUCAAUCCCCCCGCUGCGCCCAACUUUGGCGGCAUCUGGGAGGCAGCCGUCAAGUCGACCAAGCAUCACUUGCGGCGAGUGAUCGGCGAGGCGACUCUCACCUACGAGGAGAUGGCCACGUUAUUAUCUCAGGUAGAGGCGUGCCUAAAUUCACGUCCCCUGCAGGCCCUGACAGACGACCCUGAGGACCUCAGCCCGCUCACUCCCGGCCACUUCCUCAUAGGCUCGGCCAUCAGCGCCGUACCGGAGCCGUCGUUGACGGAGGAGAGAACGACUCGUUUGUCCCGCUGGCAACAAGUCCAGCAGAUGCGGGACCAUUUCUGGGCGCGAGGGUCUAAGGAGUACCUCCAGACGCUUGCUCAUCGCCCGAAAUGGCUCAAGGCCGACCUGGAGGUGCGAGCAGGCCGCUUGUGCCUCGUAAGAAGCGAGACGACGCCCCCGACCAAGUGGCCCCUCGCUCGGAUUGAGGAGCUACUCCCGGGCGACGACGGACAGGUUCGCGUCGUCAAAGUUCGAACGGCGGCAUCGAUACUCACACGGCCUGUGAGCAAACUCGUCCUCCUCCCGGACUGCGACGCACCGGGAAGCGAGGAGUAA